UAAUAUUUUUAUCUGUAUUUUGUGCACCGUGUCAUUGUCAUCGUGUGUGCUUACACGUUGCAUAUCACUAUUAUUUACGAUAGAAUCUUAUCAGAAUUAUAUUAGACAAUCUUUUUAUAUUUCCAAUUUUAUAGAAAAAUGUCGUCUACUGAAGAAACAUCUCAGCUAAAGGCAGGACACCCGCCGGCAGUCAAAGCUGGUGGUAUGAGGAUAACUCAACACAAGACACCCCAUUCUAAAGACUCUAAGGAAUCUGCUAAUGAAGACCUGACAGGACUGUCUGGUCCAUCGCCUGUGCCUUCCAACCCAGUGUCCAUAUCAGGUGCUCCCAACAGGGGUAAUGCAGACUUUACUCCGGAAGCUGCUCAAAUAGCUCAUAGUCCUAAACCUCCCACACAUAUUAAUAUCAAACCCAAUCCUCAUAUCCAACAACCAAGGAAGUAGACUGUCUAAAUAAACUAUGGGCAUAAUAAAGUGUUUGAAAAUAUAGGAAAAUUUUA